AUUUGUAGACAUUUAUCCAAUACCCAGGUAUUCCAUCUUUAAACCAAAACCAAGUUGGAAUACCUAAUUAAUAAUAAAUACUUUGUUUUAGGUACUUCAACGGUUCAGCUUCUGAUUGAAUAUUCACAUUUAUGCUAAUUAUUUUUCACAUUUAUUACUACUAAAACCUUAUCUGAGUAAGUUAAUUCAAAUUUAAACAUUAAAUUUUGUUGAUCAACAUUCAUAUAUCUAAUAACUUUUGUGCUACUUAGUCUUUUUGAUAUAUUUUGUAGUAUGCAUUUAUCAUAUAAUAUUAUCAAUUGCUAAAAAUUUAAUAAGUAAUUAAUUUAAUAAUUUUAGUUCAUUUGCUGUAAAACUUGUAAAUAAACAAAUUAAAUGCAUUAGAAGUAAAAGAGAUUAAUUAAUCAUGUUGAUAUACCUAUGUUAUAAUUAUAAUUGAUUCUAAAAUUAUUUGUUAUUAAAAACAUUGGUUUAUAAUCUAUUAAUGUAUAAUUUUUCUCAAGUAAUUGAUAAAAAAAAACAUGUAUUAAUAAGUUAAAGUGCAAAGGCACACACUUUAGCUGAGCCCAUUUAUUAACUCAUUUUGAUUAUCAAAUUAAUUCUAAGCUAUUAAGUUUACGUCAACCAAGUUUAAAAUUUAGACUAGGUCCUUGUUUCCUCAUUAUUAUUUAGCCCUUAUUGACUAUUGUUUUCAAAGAUGGCUUCAUUUGUAGAAAUAUGUACAUAUUUGACUCUGGGUAAUUUCUUCUCGACUCAAAGCCCUAGUUAAAUUUAUAAUUGAAUAUCAUUCAGUUCUAUGGUCAUCAUAUCUUACCUUUGAUAUACGGAAGAACAACAUUGAACAAAACUGUUAAGUAGGGUUUGCUAAUUAUUUAUACAAAAUCCCUUAUCAACAACACAAUUAUAGAUUGAUCACUAAUAAUUAAUAUAUUAGUUCUAAGCUCAUUGCCUAAUAGAUGUCAUAAGUUUAAUAUAAAAUUUUUCUAGACUUUAUUUGUGGUAAAAUUGAUACUCCGUGGCUUCUUGGUCAAAUUUUAUGUUUUGAACUAGUGGAGGUUAUAGGACUUAAUCUACUUAAACUAAAAUCAAAGUUUUUGCAAAAUGACCCAAUUAUUAAAAUUAAGAAAUCCAUUAACACUUUAAAUGACCUUUGUUAUUGAUAUUUAUUAGUUCAAUGAUGGACCGCAAUGGAACAUUUCUAUAAUAUGUUCUAUACUUAUUGUUUCACUAUCUCUAUAUUUUUGAUUUUUACUUUAAUUACUUAACUUAUUUAAUAUAUUUUAAAUUUCUAUAAUACUAUUUAUAUUGUAUGAUGUAUGAAAAAAAGUAUGGUGAAAUUUACCAGACUCGUUUGAAAAAUAGCUCACUAUGAACUUGUCUAAACCAAACAAAUUGGCAAUGUAUAAAAACCAACAAAUUGUAUACUGGAAUAUAAAAAUAGUAAAAGAACAAGUCUUUGUUGUUUAACUACUAUGUGUACUUUAUAAUUCAUUAUAGUCAAUUGAAAUAAAUAAAUUAGUCAACUUCCAAUAAUUAUUAAUAAAACAUAUUACUAAACCUAAUUUUUUUGUCUAUUACAAAAUUGUUUUAAAUUAAAUAAUACACUUCUUGGCUCAAUCUUAUUAUUUUUAUAUAAUAUCUUUGUUAAUUCAAUUUUUUUUUUUAAAUAAUGAAUUUUAUUUAUUUAUUUACAGUAUUAUAAUAGGCCCUAUGGCUUUUACAAUUGUUAAUUAAGUACAAAUAGUAGUGGUAAGAAAAAAAAUUACCAAAUUACUUUUUAUAGUAUUUUAUAGUAAAUUAUUUUUAUAUAAUAAAGAAUAAUAUUAUUAGGUAAAUGUAUGUAGUAAAUGUCUUGUAAUGUGAGACUCUUUGCUUUACUAUUAAAUUAAAAAUAAAAGGUCAAUAGAUGUGCUAGUAGUUUUCCUAAUAAUUUGUAUUAUAGGGUUAUUUUACAGAAAAUUCAAUUUCACUGUAGGUAGACUAAAUUUAGUCCUGUGAUAUGGUAUAUGUUCCAUGUAGUUAAAAAGUUACUCAAUUUAGUAUACUCUGAGUAUCAAACUUACCACUAAGUCAGUUUGUGAAGUCCUAAAAGUCUGGGCCUAAAAUCUUAUCAAUCGAGCUAAUUGUGUGUUUUGAGGUGUUUUUAAUAAAUAAUCGACAAAACCCAUAAACCAGUUUUGAACACAAUCAAUCUUUCUCAUAUUGGCAGUAAAAUAUGACAAAAAUACUGCUGAACCAUGUUCUAUUAUAAAUCUAAUUAGGGUGUUAUAUAAAGCAAGAAGAUAUGGUCCCCGAGUCAAAAUUGUAUGUAUUUCUACGAAUGAAUCUAAGAGUAAGCCUAGCCUUGCAAACAACAAAAUUGAUGGGACGACUAAAGGAUAAGAAUGGGAUGAGGGCAAAGUCUAAAUUGUAAACUUGGGUGACUCAAUUUUAAAGUUUACCAUUGAUUAAAGUCAAAAAGAAUUAAUGAUUGAGCUUUACUAAUGGACAUGGUUUUGCAUAUAUUUGUGUUUAGUGAUAAGCCAACUGUAUGGCAAAAUCAUUUGAAGCUUCCUGAAGAAUUAAAGAAUUAUUAUGAUAUUUAAUUAAAAUUAAAAGUAAAUGAAAAUUAUUUGUAUUUAUAUAUGCAUUUUGUUUUUAUUAUAGGAUUUUCAUAAUAUGGAUAGUAACCGUGAAACACUCGCAUCCAAACCACAAGGUAAAUUAUAUUAAUAACAAUUUGAUAUUUUAUUUAAAUAAAUUUUACCGAUAUGAAAAAUAAUACUAGUAAAAUUUAUUUGAAAAUUUUUUUAGAAAGAAAUGUUGUCAAUAGAUAAAAUAUUGUAAAAUAAUACAAAAUCGAGUUAUCUAUCUACCUAUCCGUAGUUACACCAAUGUGCAUAUUUAUAGUUAAAAUUCAUUUUUUUAUUAUUGAUCAUAUCCACAUGUGAUAUUUUAAUUACUUAUUUGAUGAAAACUAUUUUGGAUUUAGAUUAUAAUAUCUGAUAAAAAAUAAUUGUGGACUUAGCUUAAGAAAUUAAAUAGUAACCAUGCUAAGUUAUUUAGUUAUAUUUGAAAUAUAAUCAGCUCUUUAAAAUUUGGACUAAUUACACAUAUAAUUUUCAAACACCAAACCAUUGAAUAUUAUUUGUUUAACUACUCCACAUAUCAAGAGUUAAUUAAUAUAAAUUAAUUGGGAAAAAUGUUCAACUUGUAUUAAUAAAUAUUAUAUAUACAUAUUUAUAAAAUGAAUACAUAAAUGAUCAUGAUGAGUAUUUAUUCAACAUAAAAAAUAAACAUUAAAUGAAUUGGUUAAUAAUCCUUUUAGUUUAUUUGUGUUGUGUGAAUAUUAUUAUGAAAUCAAAAGUACUAUUUAAUAUUUUUAUAGGCUUAGAGCAAGAUGAAUUAAUAAUUCAACAACACCGAGAAAUUGAAAAAGAGGUAUAAGAGUACCUAUUAUCUUAAAUUUUCAGUAUUUUACUGUCAUAAUAUUCAAUUUUGAAUUUUAGAUUUCUGACUCUAUAUUACUAAUUGGUCAAAAAGAAGAAUUAACAUCACUCGAGUCUGAAUAUAUUAAUGAUUCUGUAUACUUGACCAAAGUCCAAGAUUUAAAUAAAAAGUAUAAAUGCAUGAGACGUGCAAGACCAGAUGGCAAUUGCUUUUUUAGAUCAUUUGCUUUUGCAUAUUUUGAAUAUUUAUUAGAUCAUAAUGAAGAGUAUAAACAUUUUAAAGAACGUGCAUUAAAAAGUAAAGAAGAAUUGAUCUCUUGUGGUUUUACGCAAUUCACAUUAGAGGAUUUCCAUGAUACAGUAAACUUAAAAACUUUGUUUGAUAUACUAUUCAAAAUAAACUGAAAACCAUUAAUAUUAAUUUUAUCUUAGUUCAUGGAAGUGGUAAAUAUGAUAGGAGAAGGUCAACAUGAGAAAUUAUAUGAUACAUUCAAUAUGCAAGGUUAUUCAGAUUAUGUGGUUGUUUAUCUUCGUCUAAUAACUUCGGGACAAUUGCAAAAAGAAGCCGAUUUUUAUAAGCAUUUCAUCGACGGUGAUCGAACUGUUAAAGAAUUUUGUCACCAAGUAAAAUAAUCAUAAUAUUUUAUCGACAAUAAUAUUUAAAUUAUUACUAAUCUAUUAUAAUUUAGGAAGUGGAGCCAAUGUUUAAAGAAAGUGAUCAUAUUCAUAUCAUUGCAUUAAGCACAGCAUUAAAUGUAGGUGUUCGAGUAAGAUAUAUGGACAGAGGUGAAUCGUCAGAAGCUAUUGCUCACGAUUUCCCAGAAGGAGCUGCAGUCUGUGUGAAUCUAUUAUACCGACCGGGACAUUAUGAUAUACUUUACAGUGGAUAAGGUCAAUAUUUUUUUUCCCAAUUAAUUAAUACAAUCAAAUUAAUUAUUAUGCAUAUUAAUAUAAUGUACAAAAUUAUAUUAUAUCAAUAUCUAGAAAGUAACAUUCAAAUAUUAUAAACCAAAAAAAAAAAAAUACGCAAAUGUUCAUCUAUCAGUUAUACUUAUUGACAAAAUUCCCAAAAGUUAAAUUUUAAAUAAAUAAUUCUUCAUUAACUUAAUUGACUUUGCUCAUAAUAUGUUUGGUAUUUAUGCUAAUUUAUUAUUACAAAUUUUGUAAAUAGGAGCACUAUUUGUUUGUAAUGAUUUUCAGUGAUGUGCAAUUUGUAAUGACCUUUUUUUUAAAGUGGUCCAUUGAAAAAGCAUAUGCAAUUUAAUCUUAAAAAAAUGUAUUGAAUAAAUUAAAACAGUUUUAUAUAUCAUACAUGUUGAUCUUAAUUUAACAAUGAAAAUUUAAAUUAAAACUUGGUAUGAAAUUAUAUGCAUGGUGGUAAUAUCUAUAACUAUGGCACUGAUUAUUUUAAUACAAUUACAUUUUAUCAUUAAAUAAUAAUGUGAAAAAUUUAUAUUUUAUUUUAUUAUAUGUAAAAUGUAUUACAAUAAAAAUGAUUGUCUUCUAAAGUGCCAUUUCUAAUCAAAUGUUUUCGGUGUGAAUGUGAAAUAAUCACUAGUGAUGGACACUACCAAGUGAAAACUAUUGUACUCGAUUUUCGAACUAUCUAUUUAUUCUGUUGUUUUUAAAAACUAUUGACACUAUUUAUUCAGUUAAAAAAGUACUCCUGUUGUUUUUAAACUAUCGAGUUAAAAACACUCAGUUGUUUUUUAAACUAUAAAUAGUCAAAACUAGUCAGUUCCGCCUAACACUAAUAAUCACAUCAUUAAAAGUGGUCACUAAUAUAAGAUACUUAUUUGUGUACAUGCAAGCGAAUAACUGGAAACUGAUAAACACACCGAAAGCCAAUCCCAUUUGCUGGUGUGAAUACUGCACAUACAAUAAGCAGACAUUUUUUCAAAACAAACAGUGUUGCGUAACACUUAUAAACCGAACAGAUUUAAUAGUAAAUAAAUAUACAAAUAAAAAAUAAAUAAAUUUGUCACAUAGAGUAUGAUUAUAAGCAUAUUAUACGACCGGUUUCAAAUUAAAAAUUCAUCAUCAGGUAUAUCACAGUCAAAAUCUAAAACGUGACUUUGUAUUUUUACAUAUACAUUUUUUAUUUAUAUAUUUAUUUACGAGUAUUAACUAUUUUAAUAAUUUUGUUUUUACUUUAUUAUUUUAUUAAGAUCUAAUUGAUAAGUAGUAAUAUGUAAAGUAUAUUUAAAUUCUGAAAUAAUAAUCUUGAAAAAUUAAAUAAUAAAUUGAAAUCAAUUUUCUAUGGUAAAACCCAGAUAGUUCAUAUUGAAAACCUAAUAUAGAAGUGUUACACUUAGGGCCUCUUUACACAUGGCCACUCAGCGGUGCUUUCCUUAGAUGCCGCGUUUUGCAGUGUACGAAACCAAUGUCACCGUCUAUAGUGUUUCCAAUCUGGGUCUGUGCCUCUGUGGUCGUUAGUGAAACCAUCCAUUUAUCCUUGUUUUUUGAUAAACAGUGUUGCUAAGUGAAUACGUGUGAAGGGGGUGGCAAAAAAAAUGUAAUGAACAUGGUAAGCUCAGAAAUGAAAUUAAU